AUGGGCGCGGUUUAUUUUAAUCCAGCCUACUACUCCCGGAAAGAGCCGAGUGACGUCGAUGCCGCACAGCAGCUUCAGCUUUUGGAUCGGAGAAUGGUGUUAAUCAAGGAAUUCCGUGUAGUUUUGCCGUGUUCUGUAGAAGAGUACCAAGUUGGGCAGCUUUAUUCUGUGGCGGAAGCCAGCAAGAAUGAAACUGGAGGUGGCGAAGGAAUUGAAGUCUUAAAAAAUGAACCAUAUGAAAAGGACGGGGAAAAAGGGCAAUAUACACACAAAAUAUAUCAUUUAAAGAGUAAAGUUCCUGGUUAUGUAAAGAUGUUUGCUCCUGAGGGUUCAUUGGUUUUUCAUGAAAAAGCGUGGAAUGCCUAUCCUUACUGUAGAACAAAAUGAAUAUAUGAAAGAAGAUUUCUUCAUUAAAAUUGAGACGUGGCAUAAACCAGAUCUAGGCACUCAAGAAAAUGUCCAUUGCCUCGAUCCCAAUAUUUGGAAGACGGUUGAAGUAGUUGACAUUGAUAUCGCUGAUAGAAGCCAAGUAGAGCCAGCGGACUACAAAGCUGAUGAAGAUCCUGCAAUAUUUCAGUCCGUUAAAACAAAAAGGGGGCCUUUGGGACCAAACUGGAAGAAAGAACUGGCAAAUUCAGAGGACUGUCCAGUCAUGUGUGCAUACAAGCUAGUAACAAUUAAGUUCAGGUGGUGGGGACUUCAGAACAAAAUAGAAAAUUUUAUUCAGAAGCAAGAAAAGCGAAUAUUCACUAACUUUAACCGCCAAGUGUUCUGUUGGAUUGACAAAUGGAUUGAUUUAACAAUGGAAGAUAUUAGACGAAUGGAGGAUGAAACACAGAAAGAAUUAGAAGCACUACGUAACCAAGGUCAAGUAAGAGGAACAAGUGCUGCCAAUGACGAAUGAAGAUGCACCUGACCAAACUGCAUGCAGAGCUGAUUUUGUCAUUUCUACUUGUGUUUAUAUACCUGUAUGUAUGUAUAGCUAUAUAAACACUUACUGAGCAUUAUCUGCUAAAGUGUACUGUAUCGGACUUGAGCAAAAACAAUGUAAAUGAGAAAAGUUUACAAACUUUAUUGAAUGUCACUAGAGUGAUAAAAUAAUGAGCCCCAGUUACAGUUACAUAACCUUUUUAACAAAGCUUGCGUUGUACUAUGGGUUCUACUUUUUAUUUUAACACUUUAAACAAAAUCAAGAUGAUAUAUUCAUGGUUUUUAUUGUUUUUUAACUCUGGGCAAUAGCAGUUGCAUUGACUAUCAUUUACAAAAGUAGUUAUCAUAUUUAAGUACUGUAUAAAACUAAUUUGUUUAAAUGUUGCCCUUUUUUGCAAGUUAAAUUACUGCAUUAACCAUCCUCGCACUCUCAAAUAGAUUGUUAUGGAGCUGUAUAAAAUGCCUGUCUUACGCAUAAGUAUUUAGGUGUUUAUAUUCAGAUUUAAUGUAUAGGUAAUAUAUGAGGUAUUAGCUGGGAAAUAUAUUUAUGAUGUGCUCCACAGAGAGAGAAACUUGCUCAUUUCAGAGGCUGCAGUUUGAAAUCUAUGCAAACUGUCAAUUCUACACUAUUUAUGCUUUACAGUCUAAAUACAGCUACUAUUAUGUUAAAAAAGACAUUACAAAUAAAAUACAAAUGAAAUAUAUAUGUGUAUAUAUAUAUAUAUAUAUAAUUUCCUUAGGCUAUAACCAUUUGUAAAGAAUGAAAGUAUGUUAAGGAAAGCAUAUUGUUAUACAGCCCAACUGUUAGUUAAAUAUUCUCAAAAUAAUAGUAAAAACCUAUGUGUUUUGAAUGCUGCUUGUUACUUGAAAGUAAAAGAAUUUUGAAUGACAAAUUGUUUUUACAACAUUUUCAGAUAAAAUUGCAACUUUGAUAAUAAAAAUUCUAUAGUUUACAACAAAAAAUAAUUAUUGAUCCUGUUCUUCAGCCAUCAUGGAGGGCUGAUAUCUUCACCCAAUAGGAAUGGCUGUCUAGUUUUAAGCUGUUGUUUGGCACUACCUUUAUUAUAAAUCAUGAAUUUAAUUGUAUUUUUUUUAUUUAAAUUUCUACAGUAUAUGUCUGAAGCCACAAAGUUGCAACGUUUGUCUUAAUAGUGAUAUUAAGGGCGAUAUAUUGAAUGUAACAUUUAGGUUUGAGAUAUGUGUAAACUAUACAUUUAAAAAUGACAAUUAAGUUUAUGUAACCAAUAAAUUUGCUCACCCAA